AUGUCGGUAGACAUGAGCAGCCAGGCUUCCGACAGCAACGAGGAAGACUUUGGGGCGAACUCUGAGGAAGACGAGGAUGGGGGUGAGGAAGGCGAUAUCGCCGACUACUACGAGGGUGUCGCGGGGGAUGUGGAGCAGCAGGAGCCGGACUCGUUUGACCCCGAAGCGUACCAGUUCAACUGCCUGACCUACAGGGAGAGCCAGAGGGUGCUCAGCGACGAGGUCAACGUCGUGGCCACAGCCCUGAAGGUUUUGCCGGCUGUAGCGAAAUUGGUCCUUUUACAUUUUCACUGGCAGGUGUCACAGAUACUGGAUAGGUGUAAGUCAAGUACACCUCAGAUGCUGUCUGAAGCCCAGGUCCAGCCCACCAACUGCAAAUCUGUGACUACCUCCUCCUCCCUGCAGUGUGGCGUGUGUCUGCAGCUGGUGAGGAGAGAUGCCCUGCACGCCCUGCCCUGCCAUCACUCCUUCUGCAAAGCAUGCUGGGAGCAGCAUUGCACAGUCCUGGUGAAGGAUGGCAUGGGAGUGGGGAUCUCGUGCAUGGCUCAGGACUGCUCACUGAGGAUGCCAGAGGACUCUGUGCUCCCCCUUCUGCCUGGAGAGGAACUGAGGGACAAAUACAGACGCUACCUCUUCAGAGACUAUGUGGAGAGUCAUUUCCAGCUGCAGCUGUGUCCAGGUGCAGACUGCCCCAUCGUCAUCCAGGUGCAGGAGCCGCGCGCUCGCAGAGUACAGUGCAGCCGCUGUGGCGAAGUCUUCUGCUUUAAGUGCAGGCAAAUGUACCAUGCCCCAACAGACUGUGCCACCAUACGGAGGUGGCUGACAAAAUGUGCCGACGACUCGGAGACGGCCAACUACAUCAGCGCACACACUAAAGAUUGUCCGAAGUGCAAUAUCUGCAUUGAGAAGAAUGGUGGCUGCAAUCACAUGCAAUGCUCCAAGUGUAAAUAUGACUUCUGUUGGAUGUGCCUGGGAGACUGGAAGACCCACGGCAGUGAGUACUAUGAGUGCAGCCGUUACAAAGAGAACCCCGACAUCGUGAACCAGAGCCAGCAGGCUCAGGCCAGGGAAGCCCUCAAGAAAUACCUCUUCUACUUUGAGAGGUGGGAGAACCAUAACAAGAGUCUGCAGCUAGAAGCUCAGACGUACCAGCGUAUCCAGGAGAAGAUCCAGGAACGUGUGAUGAAUAACCUCGGCACAUGGAUCGACUGGCAGUACAUGCAGAAUGCUGCCAAACUACUGGCCAAGUGUCGCUACACACUGCAGUACACGUACCCUUACGCCUACUACAUGGAGUCUGGGCCACGCAAAAAACUGUUUGAGUACCAGCAGGCUCAGCUAGAGGCAGAGAUCGAGAACCUGUCGUGGAAGGUGGAGCGGGCCGAUGGCUAUGACCGCGAGGGAGAACUGAGCGCUAACGACAGAGGGGAUCUGGAGAAUCAAAUGCACAUAGCGGAGCAGAGGAGGCGCACCCUGCUGAAGGACUUCCACGACACCUGAGCCCACGUCCCACACGUGCACCAGCAGCGACGCCUCCCCUCUCCCCCCGCCGGCCUCCUCUCCAAAGAUCCCCUCCAUCCGUCGCACUCUUCUCCCCUCAUCCCUCGCUCUAGCCCUCCUCACAUGUGCCCACCCAUCCACCCAUCCAUCCACCCACCCACUCACCCUUUCUCGCGCUCUCACGGCAAAAAAGAUAGUGACUGCAUCUGACAAUGGAAUUCCCACCCUCACACUACAGUGUUAUCAGAGAGCCUAUGCGUCUUUGGCUUCAGAAACUCUCUGUCACACAUGUAUACUUGCAAACACAGUUACACACUUUCUCCCAUAUCAGAAUAUGUAUCCAGACACACAUAUGCACACAUAACACUCACAGAAACACUCCUCCGAGGUGUGCAGACUAACAGGCCAUACUCAUGCCCCCCCCCCCCCCUUCCUCCCCCACGUCCACAAUUGCCCUCCCCCACGUCCACAAUUGCCCCCUUUCCUCCCCCACGUCCACAAUUGCCCCUCCUUCCUCCCCCACGUCCACAAUUGCCCCCUUUUCUCUUUUUCUCUUUUUUUUUCUGGACUUUCUUCUCACAUUUGUCAACUUAUUUUUUUCUGGAUUAAUGGCUGUUGUUGAUAGUUAGAACAUUUAAAAAGAUAUUACAAAAUACAAAACAAAAAAUGCUGUAAUUUUGAACGGUUGUACAUUAAUACAGAGAUAGUUACCGAGAGAAAGUUUUUAAACCAGA